AUGGCCGUCUUGUCAGCACAUAGCACUCCCAGCAUCCCAGCCCUGCUAAAUCAGAGGCUGGCUCUGGAUGCGGAUCCGGAGCUCCUCCGUGCAUGGCUCACCUCCCACGGCCGAUCUGGAACGCGCUUCGUCGGCCACUACUACGAGUCUCUCGUGCACUUUGCCUUCGCGGAGUUGGGAAAAGUGCCUGUGGCACUGUACAGUGAGCCCAUACCGAAGGAGAAGAGGUCCAACGAGAGCGCGGCGGGCGCGCCCGGUGCUGUCGUCAGGCGCUUCAAGCCUCCGCUGAAAAGUUCGUGGGAUGUGGAUUUCUUCUGCAGCAUCCGCGAAGCGGCUUUUCUUCAAGGUGGCCAGCUUCGCAUCAGCUUCAAGGUCAAGCGCGGUCGGUCCAGAGAAGCUCUACCUUUGCCAGAUCUUGCCACGCUGACCUCCCGCGUUGGUGAUCCCAAAGCAGCACAUGACUACAGCCCGAGAGCACCGCCAGACAGCGGCAUGAUGGACGGAGAGGUGUUCUUCGAGGACGUUCCCGUUUCCGAUGAGUUAGAGUUUACUUAUGCUCCGGGCUUCUCGGCCGUCCCACUGCGGCCAACGAAGACACGGGAGCCAAUCCAGGGCGAGGUCGACUACAUCCUGCAGCCGGACCUGAGUUCACCACGUUUUUUGCAUCUCGAAGUUGCGGUGAAGUUCUACCUGGCAGCAAAAGAAGAGGUUGCGACAUGGGAUGAUUUCAUUGCUCCAAACCCACGAGAUAUCCUGGGGUUGAAGUUGCGCCACAUGCUUUCACACCAACUAAAGAUGG